AGAUUUCCCAUAGGACGUGGUUUGGGAUACAGCCCGGGUCUCUACACCGGAACACUUACUCAAAGUGAGCAGCUAUGGCUGAUGUCCACGUCCGAAUAUGUGAGCAGGAGAUUAUUAAGUAUGAUCUGGAAAUGAAAGCUCUGAUACAGGAUAUCAGUGAAUGCACAGGGCCACACACUAAACUAACAGAGUUGAACAAUACAGUAAAGGAGAAAUUCGUUCGCCUUCGCCAGCGGAUCCAGGAUCUGGAGCAAAUGGGAAAGGAACAGGAUAAAGAAUCUGACAAGCUUGCUUUACUCAGACAGGUGGAGGGUCAUCGCAAACAGAUGCUCAGUAACCAGACGGCCUGGAGGAAAGCCAACCUGGCCAGUAAUCUGGCAAUUGAUAAACUGGAGAAAGAAGAUUUGCUGAGUGUGGGUGACAGUACAGCAAGACAGAGAAAGGUGACAAAGGAGAGCUUGGUUCAGAACUCCAGCGACAUCACUGAGAGCCUGAUGAACAUCAGCAGAAUGAUGUCGCAGCAGGUGAAUCAGAGCGAGGAGACCAUUAGCACUUUGUCUACAUCAUCAAGAACGGUUCUAGAAACCAAUGAAGAGUUUAAGGCUAUGACGGGGACCAUCCAGUUGGGAAGAAAACUCAUCACCAAAUAUAACCGACGUGAACUGACAGACAAACUGCUCAUCUUUUUGGCUUUGGCGCUCUUCCUGGCCACCGUCCUGUAUAUUUUGAAGAAAAGAUUCUUCCCUUUUCUUUGAACUGAAGCUUUUGGUUUAAUCUGGAACCGGUUUCCACAUGACGGUUUUCUGAUUACAGAGUUAAGUUGGACUAAAUGUUGGACUAAAUUGUUCUGAAGGUGGUAAUUGACCGCUAACAGACCGACACACUAUUACAAUAACUUGUAUAUUUAUUCCAGCACUUGCCUUAAUCUGUACCAGGAAAAGCAGCAGUGUAUGUUUCAGGAAAAAAAUGUACUUUGAACUUUUAUAAAGUGGGAAGUGUAUACAUACCUAAUUAGAUCUAUUUUUGUUUUGAUUCCUGAAGUAAUGACUUAUAAUUGUCCUUCUGUAUUAGUCCUGUAAUAAUAUAUUUAUUGCACAUUAACUAUAAUUAACGUAUCCAGUGCCAGAACAGUUACUUUACAUUAAAAACACACUCGUGAAGAUU